GAUUGUUAGUACUGUGCAGUCUUUGAACUUCUCUCUGAUUGCUCUCUGGAUUAGCGAGUCUGUCUCAAUGUCUACAUUGGCUGUUGCUUCGUCAAGUACUAAGAUCUUGGUUUUACGAAGAAUGGCUCUGGCUAAACAAAUCAACUGUUUCUGGCCAACAGAGAAUAUAUUCUGGUCUGUAACUUCUGUAGCCAGCCCAUCAUUCAAACUUUGAACAUAGUUUUUGAGUUGGACUUCUUCAAGAACUCUCCAGACCUGCUCAUCAGAGUACACUUCGAAAGGAUCAAGGUUGGCUCUGAUUGUAGAUGAAAUUAAAAAAGGAGACUGAGGGAUGAAAGAAAUUGCGUUACGAAGGCAAUGAAGCCCAAUAUCUUUGAUAUCUUCGCCUCCAAUAAUGAUUUGUGAGCCUGGUUCGGUUUCAACAAGCCUAAAGAUUGUCUGUAAAAUUGAGCUUUUACCAGAUCCAGUUCUUCCAAUUAUUCCUACUUUGCGUCCUUCAUUAACAUUAAAAGAUAAGCCCUUGAGCACUUGUGGUAAAUGAGUUUGAUAUCUCAUAUGUACAUCUUUAAAGGAUACAUCAGCAGUUUCGGGGAAAUCUUUUGGAUCAUUUUGUUUGGAUCUAAUUGCUACUGUUGCAUUUACAGAAAAUUCAAGGGAGAACUGGACCGUAAGUGCGGCUAGUUUUGUGUCAAUAACAUCGAAGAAAGCAAUCAGAAUUGAGACUAUCAACAAAUUUCAUGCAAUAAACAGACAAGCACAAAGAUCAACUCUAAUUCCUGCCCAUCUUAAUAUAGAAGCAUGAGUAAACUUUGCGCUAGCAUUCGAAUCUGAAUCUUUCAAGAAGCGGUGGAUAAAAUAUUCACCUCUCUUAUAUGCUCUUAUGCUUGUAAUCCCAUCCAGAGCUGAUGAAUAUUUAGUAUUCAAUGGACCUUUGCUCAUUGCAUCAAGUCUCUUAGCAUCAUUUUGAGCAGUAAUUGACCACCUACGAAUCAUAUACAUUGGAAUCAACACAAAGAGCAAGAUCACCAAAUUCCAUGGAACAACAACAAUAAUGAAUACUAUCAGGAUGCAGCACUUAGCAAAUGUAAUUAACAAAUAGUUUGUCAUUUUUGGUAACAAGAAAUCUGUAAUAGAUAAGUCCUUCGUAAAUCUAGUAAGUAUAGUUCCAAUAGGAUUGCUAUCAAAUAGUACUAUCUUGGCUCUGAGUAACUUCCAAACCAUUUUUGAGUGCAAUUUAUAUGAAGAACUCAAGCAUGUGGCUGCUACUACCAGUCCUCUUAGAAAGCUGGCAAGAAUGUACAAACAGACAGACAUAAUAAAUAGUGAAUACCAUAAUGACUUAUCACCCUGGUCAUCACUGGUCCAUUGACCAACUGUAAGGUUGAUUGAUACAAAACAGAAAGAGCUAAUUAUUGUGAGGAUAAUGCUCAGAAUAACUCCAAUAAUGCCAAUGCCAUAUCUUGAGAAGCUAAAUAACUCCCUUAGUUUGACAUUUCCCUUGAUCUUAAUUUCAUUCUGGCUGACUCCUUUCUUCUUUUCUU